AUGACAGGGCAAACUCGCAAGAGGCUACCCGAGGACCAGGUCUCCGACGUUGGGCGAGGGAGCUCAUCCACACAUGAUCUCCCAGUAAGGGGUUCCGACUCUACCCCGUCAAAGAAAGCGAGAACAAGCAACGAGACGUCGCGAGGCUUGAAAAGUCCCUUUACGCCGUCUCUGCCACCAAAGACAACAGCCGUGACGGGUCUCCCAACCCCCGACUCGACCGGGGCGAAGCCUUCCAUCAUACUAAGGAAAAGGUCAGUUUUAUCGUCAAAUACCGGAGACGAGCGACCGGAUGUUGCGGAAAGGGGGUUGGAUGAUGCAUUGGAAAGUGUCAACUUCGAAAUCCCCCAGAACUUCCAUGCGAGACUCGCCCCUGGAGCGGAGUUGGACGAUGGUGUCAUCACAACCUGUUUGGAUGUGUUCUCUAGCACCACGGGCUUAGGUUGCUCCAUCAUCAACCCUCACCUUUUCAAGGCUGGCAGCACGACGAGAUAUGCAAGCGUGCAAGUGGCCAUCGCAAGGAGCGAGACAACCAAGAUUCUCGUCCCUCUCCACCUUCCGGACAGCCACCAUUGGGUUCUAUGCUGCGUUUUGAAGAAUGAGAAGGAGAUCCAAGUCUACGACUCCCUCGCCGGGGACAACGAUGAAGUACACCACCUACUUUAUGCGCUGCAAAACCUCUACUUCGAGGAUUACCGCAUCACUCCUCGCCCGUGCUACCAGCAGAUAAAUGGAUACGACUGCGGCAUAUGCCUGUUAGUGAACGCUGUCCAUGUCAUGGCCGACCUUAAUCCGCCUACCGAAGUCAACACAAACGUGUGGAGGAAUUGUUUCAGGGCACUCGGUGACUCGACAGCCGUUCCAAGCCUCUUGCCCGGGAUCCCGUAUUCCAGAGAAAGCUUCAAGAUCCAUCUCGAGUUCAGCAGUGGCAGCUUCACUAUCGAUGAACUCAAUGCUCUUUGGACUGAGAAACAAAAUCAAUUCAAAGCCGCAGUUGAGGAGCACCAAGCCAAAGUGAGAAGACUCACGCCAGAGGCUCAGCAAGUUCUCGAGAUACUGGAAAAGGCAUUCACAAAGCUUACGGAAGACGAACAGAAGAGGCUCUUGGAGCAGUGGGAUCGUGAAAGUCGUCAAGAAGACGACGGUGGCGGAUGGAUGCAUGGCCAGGGCCGCGCAGAAAGAAGGCACCUUCGGCGGGCAAAACAGAGGGUCUUGAACGCCCUGCCACGCUUGGAGCACGCUGUGAGAUACUUGCAGGCUCAGCUUGACCAUCUGACUGUGAGCAAGAAGGAACUAGAUGGGUUGAAGUUGAGCUUGGAUGCUUGA